CUCGCCGGCACCAUCGAGCCUGGCUCGGUCCUUGGUGGUGCGGGUGGCGGCGGUGGCCUUGGCAACAUCAGCAGCGGCGUUGGUGGCCCUGUCACCAACGCCAUCUUCAAGCGCAACGAUGUCGGCCGUGUUCUGCAGAUGCUCAUGGAGGCACUCGAGUUUUGUCUGAUGCACUACGAGACACACUACCGGUUCAUUCCGCUUCUGAAGGAGUUUGGCAAGAUCUACGGGAUCCAGUACUUUCACACCUCGACCAUCGUCGAGGAGAGCCCGACACGGCUGGCCGCAGCCUCCACCAUCGCCCGAGGCAACAGCUUGCUCGAGGGCGACCGGGACCCCAUCGACCAAGUCCAUCUUCUCAAGCACGGCGUCGUGCCCACAGGCGACCAGGACAUUGCCGAAUCUGCCCAUGAAAAGGACGACCAUCCGAGUUGCGACGAGGACCUCGGCCAGGGCGCCCCCACCAACUACAGCCGCUCGCGCAUGGGCUUCGAGAGCCUGGCCCGCAAGUCCAGCUUCCGCAACAACAGCGCAAGCAACUACGAGCAGGUCAAUCGAUCCGUCAAUCCAAACCCCAAGCCCAACCGCAAUCCUUCCGAAGUCUCACUCGGGAACCAGGAGCCCACGAAAACCUCGGGCUGGCUGAGCUUCAACGGCCGGCUGUACAGGCUUGCGGCGCAGAACGGCCAUGCUUUCAACCUGCCCAUCUGCUCCGACCUCGAUCCGACCGAGAUCGUCACCAUCAUCUCAUACGCCCUCACCGAUGCCAUCAAGGCCCGGUCCAUGAGGGCCUUUGAGAGGAUCCUGGAGCAUUCCAAGCUCUCGGGCUGCUUCUGGAUCACGCUGAACUGCGGCCUCGACACCCUGCUCGAGCUCCACUACAGCCCUGGCCGCGACUUCAACGAAAUGAUGCUCAAAUCCCUGCGUAUGGAGGAUCCGACGCUCUAUUGCGUGUCAAACAGGGUUAUCGACAUGGUCUUUGAAGAUGCAUUGGGGCCCUGGGUGGCGCUGCAGAAUCCCAAGUUGCGGACCAUGAGGGGCUCCGUAUCGGCUGGGCUGGAUAACAUCCAGCCCAGCGCUCCUCCGAGUAUGAACCAAUACUGGGGAUGUCGCAUGCUCGAAGAGGAACUCUGUGACGAACUCAAGACGGCGCUGGCGAUCGUGAGAAAGGCCGAGCACGUCGCUGAGCUGCACAGAAUCCCGCUGAGUGCGUGAGCCCAGCCGCACCUCGGCCCUGCACCUCGACAGAGGGGUGGCUGUGGGAGCGGCAUGGGUGUUGGCUUCCUGUGUGGAAUACGGCGGCACCGCCAGCAUUUGGCAAGGGCGCUGUCGCUGAUUGCAAAUGUUGGUAUGGGAGAUGCGUGGCCCCACCCCUCAAGCUGCAUCUGUCUGAGCACAGAUGCAUCGUCUGGGGAGGUCGAUCGCAUGGUCGUCGUCAGAGAUGAAAAUGUGCGGUCUGUAAACAUAAAACCAAAACCAAUAUCGAAUGCCGAG